AUGCAAACCACCUGCAUGAUGAUCCAAGAAUGGGAUUCGAAUGCCCGGAAAGCCAUUCGAAGACGUCAAGCAUUUGAAAGCAACAUAGGAGCACCUGGUAUUCCGGGAAAUCCGAAUUUCAGUCCCGCUGUACCGCAACGAUUCGCCCCGUCGGCACAAGGCUGUAUGAACAUUCAGUGCAUCUGCCCGUAUAUGGGGUUAGAUUUAGCGCUACAAGACAAAUCCGGGCCUAGGAGUUACCUCAGAUCAAAAGUUGAGGAAGGAUGA